GCUGAGAAGCAAACUAUUAUGAUGACGUGUCAUCCACUUCUCGCUUAAAAGGAUCAAAAACUGAAACACCAAAGUACGUUCCAUGCCAGAUUGCCAACAAAGACGCCACCCAAACCAAGAUUUCUCUCGCGCGUUUUUCCCCCUGUUUGCUUACCCGGAAAAUAUAAGAAAAUGCAAGAAAAUAAUAGUAAGGAUCCUGCUAUCAGGCUCUUCGGCAAGAAAAUACCUCUGAAUUCCGACGGUGACCUGCCGCAGAUCUCCGACGAGGACUUGGCUUCCUCGGAGAAAGUUGAAGAAGUAGAAAACGAAGAGAAAUCAGAGAAGGAUUUCCCAUCUGGAAAAUUCUCUGAUACAUCAGGAGAAGAUGAUGCUUCAGUGCAGGAUACAGAGGAGUCUGCAGAUCCAGAAACGUCACCAGAUACUAAUGUGAACCCCAAAACACCCUCUAUCGAUGAAGAUUCUGCAAAAUCAAAGACUUCCAAAACAGAUAAAGAACAGAAUGAUUCAAGCAACAAACAAGAGAAAACCCUCAAGAAGCCUGACAAAUUACUUCCAUGCCCGCGGUGCAAUAGCAUGGACACCAAAUUCUGUUACUACAACAAUUACAAUAUCAACCAACCACGCCAUUUCUGCAAAGCCUGCCAAAGAUAUUGGACAGCUGGGGGUACCAUGAGGAAUGUCCCAGUGGGAGCUGGACGUCGCAAGAAUAAGAACUCUGCCUCCCAUUAUCAUCAUAUAACCAUUUCUGAGGCGCUUCAAGCUGCUCGAAUUGAAGCUCCAAAUGGAACACACAACCCUGCACUGAAAACUAAUGGUAGAGUCCUUAGCUUUGGCUUGGAUGCACCAAUAUGUGAUUCCAUGGCUUCUGUAUUAAAUCUUGCUGAUAAGAAGGUUUUGAAUGGCACUCGAAAUGGUUUUCAUAAUAUUGAAGAACAAAGGAUUCCAGUUUCCUGCAAAGGUAGAGAAAACGGUGAUGAUUGUUCAAGUGGAUCUUCUGUGACAGUUUCAAGUUCCAUGGGGGAAGGAGGCAGGACUUGCUCACAAGAGCCUUUUAUGCAGAGGAUCAAUGGGUUUGCUUCUCCAAUCCCAUGUCUCCCUGGUGUUCCCUGGCCCUAUCCCUGGAAUUCUGCAUUGCCCCCUCCAGCUUUUUGCCCACCAGGAUUUCCUAUGCCUUUUUAUCCUCCCUUUUGGAAUUGUGGAAUCCCCGGUGGUUGGAGCAUCCCUUUGGUGUCUCCUCAAUCAUCUUCUUCUUUAUCAAGUCAAAAGGCUUCAUCUAAUCCUAGUUCUCCUUUGGGAAAGCACUCGAGAGAUGGGGACACACUUAAACCAGAUGAUUUGGAGAAAGAAGAGCCAGCAAAGCAUAGAAAUGGACGUGUGUUAGUUCCCAAAAUUCUAAGGAUUGAUGACCCAACUGAAGCUGCAAAAAGUUCUAUAUGGGCAACGCUUGGAAUAAAGAAUGAAUCCUUUAAUGGGGGAGGACUGUUCAAGGCCUUCCAACCAAAGAGAGAUGAAAAGAAGCAUGUUCCUGAAACCUCCUCGGUAUUGCGGGCAAACCCUGCCGCCUUGUCUCGAUCUAUCAACUUCCAUGAAAGCUCUUGAAGUGGUGGUGGCAUAUAGAAUAUAAGAGCAGAGUCAAGUUUAACUCAUCCCUCUGUGAUUGCAUCGCUCGCUGUGAUCCUGAAUGGAUCAGUUUAAUCACUAGCUACAUUGUGAGCAAAGUUACUGACCUAGACGAAGCAGCAGAGGGGACAUUAGGGGAAGGUUUAGUGUGACUAAUUUUGUUUUUUUUCACUUGGUUUGCUGGGAUUGUGUUCAUGUAAAUAUCUCUGUGUAUGUAAUAUACUGGGCUAGUGUUGGAGAAAAAUCCUUAGGUUUAGCAAAAAAUCGGUAGAAGAACUGCUCUAAAGUUUUUCAUACCAUGGCUAGAAAAUGGGAUAUUUUUUCUCCAUUUUCCUUGCUGCUCUGUACAAUAAACAAGAAGUUUUCAGGCUA